CUUGCCCAUUUUUCUCUACUCCUUCAUAUAUCUUCAAAUUACCUAAUACCCCCCCACUCUUAAAUUUUUCACUAUUUCUUUUCUUUACAUGCAUAUUCAGGUAUAUAUAAUAUAUAGUUCUAACCUGGAGGACCCAGAGAAAGGUCUAAAUCUCAUCUCAAGUUUUGUCCAUACAUGAACAAAACUUGUCAUAACAUACAGCUAGCCACAUAGAAAUGGAGAAAGACGAUAACUACUCGCAGGCUCCGAUGCCGCAGAAUUUCGUAGCGCUGGAUUACACCGUAGAUCGGUACCCGCAUCAUCAACAACAACAAUUCAUGAAGUCCCACAUCCACGAGACUAAAACAGAUCAUCACAACAUUAACAACGAGGGAUUAAUGGUCAAUUACUUGCUGAACAAUCCUCACCACCACCACCAACAACAACAACAGCCACAAUUGAGCUUUGCCGAUGUUAUGCAGUUUGCCGAUUUCGGGCCCAAAUUGGCCUUAAACCAAACCAAGAUUCCGGAAGAAGAAGAAGAAGACGAUGAUCAAUCCGGAAUGGACCCGGUUUAUUUCCUCAAGUUUCCGGUCUUAAACGACAGGAAUAUCGUAGAGGAUCACGACCAUCACCAAUCUCUUGAUGUUGUUCCGCCGCCGGAAGAUCAUGUCGUUUGUCAAUCGAUGACUGUUGUGAAAGAUAAGGCGAUAGCGAGAGAAGAUCAAGAUCAUGACUCGGUGCAGCUUCAGUUUCUUGGCGAAAAUCUUGAUCAUCAGAAGAAUCCUACAACGUCUGAUCAACCAAAUAAGAACAAGAGAAAAAGGCCGAGGACUAUCAAGAGCAGUGAAGAAGUUGAGAGCCAGAGAAUGACACACAUCGCGGUCGAAAGGAACCGGAGAAAGCAAAUGAAUGAGCAUCUCCGAGUGCUCAGAUCCCUCAUGCCCGGCUCAUAUGUCCAAAGAGGAGAUCAGGCUUCAAUAAUUGGUGGAGCUAUAGAGUUUGUGAGGGAAUUGGAACAGCUUCUUCAGUGUUUGGAAUCGCAGAAAAGGCGAAGACUCCUCGGCGAGGCAGCUCCGCGGCAAGUAGGGCCUGAUUCCGGCAUGGAUGUGGCUCAGACGGCGCAGGCUCAUCCGCCGCUUUUUCCUCCUUUGCCUCUGCCCAAUGAUCAGAUGAAGUUCAUAGACUUUGAGACCGGUGGGCUCCGGGAAGAGACCGCCGAGAACAAGUCGUGCUUGGCCGAUGUGGAGGUGAAGCUGCUAGGGUUUGACGCCAUGAUCAAGAUCUUGUCUCGGAGAAGGCCCGGUCAGCUCAUCAAGACGAUUGCUGCUUUAGAGGAUUUGCAGUUUAAUAUCCUCCAUACUAACAUUACCACCAUUGAACAGACCGUUCUUUAUUCCUUCAAUGUCAAGGUGACAAGUGAUUCAACGUUUAGCGCUGAGGAAAUAGCGGGCUCGGUUCAGCAAAUAUUCAGUUUUAUCCACGCAAACAGCAACAUGUGACGAUCAUGACAUAUAUAUUUAUAUAUAUAUAUAUAUAUAGCUGAAGAUCAGAAUAGAAUUUAUGAUGCGUCAGCUAGCUAGUUCUUGACUCACU